CUUUGUCGUCGUCCUUCUCGUUUCCGCUGUCUCCCUCCAUUUCUCACACAUCGGCUCUCCGUUCAAAGCUACACCGGACUCUCUCCGCUCCUCGAUGAGGGUCAUCCAAUCCAGGGUUAGAACCGAUAAUCAUCCAGAAGUAGCAGAGUCCCGUUCCGGUUCGAGACGAUGAGCGCCGUCAACAUCACAAACGUCGCCGUUUUGGACAACCCCUCCGCGUUCCUCAAACCCUUCCAGUUCGAGAUCUCCUACGAGUGCUUGACCCCCCUCAAAGACGAUUUGGAAUGGAAACUCAUUUAUGUGGGAUCUGCUGAGGAUGAAACUUAUGAUCAACUUCUUGAAAGCGUGCUUGUUGGGCCUGUCAACGUUGGCAACUACCGGUUUGUUCUUCAGGCAGACCCUCCAGACCCAUCGAAGAUCCGUGAUGAAGAUAUCAUUGGAGUGACAGUACUGCUAUUGACAUGUUCUUAUCUGGGACAAGAAUUUGUUCGAGUUGGUUACUAUGUGAAUAAUGAUUACGAUGAUGAGCAGCUAAGAGAGGAACCUCCACCAAGGGUGUUGAUUGAUAGGGUUCAAAGAAAUAUUUUGGCUGACAAGCCCAGGGUAACAAAGUUCCCAAUCAAUUUUCAUCCCGAGAACAAUGAGCAUGGUGAAGAACCCCCUCCUUUAGCUGAGCAUGCCAUUGAAACCAAUGAGAUUGGAGAAGAACCACUCCUUUCACCUGAUCAUCCGUCCAAUGGGCAGUGAAUCGAGUAGCUGCUGCAUAUAUAACAAUUGUGACAUUCCUACUACAAAUUUUGACAUGCUGAUAAUUUUGGGUGAAAUUGGUUUUCCAAGAUUUCAACAUCUCCAUCCAUGAUGUAUUGUUUUGAUUGAGAUCUGGUAUGAAGUGCCAGAUGGCUUGUGUUGUAACAUGAGUAAUUCUAGGGAUCAUUUUGUUAUACUCUUUUUAUCUUGCCAAAGUUGAAUGGCAAUUUAAAAGUCACGUCAACUUUGAAAAGAUGAAAGAUGGUCACUAUCAUUACUCGUAAUACCAUUAAUGCUUUUGGGGUUGUUAUGUAGUGGUACAAUGCAUCAGAGAUUUAUAGUGCCUUAAAAUUUUCAAUUC